CUUAUUGUAAGGGGGAAGAACUGGAAGUAAUGCUAGAAACUUUAAAAGAUUAUGAAGCAAAUUUUGAAGCAAGCAACAAUGAACAGAAAACUGCUCUUCAUCAAUUAUUUAAUAACAAAAAGUUAAAUGUGACUAGUACGACUAGUGCAAUAAAAAUAUUGUGUAACAACGGCUGUCCAAUAAAUGCGCGUGACAAGUCGGCCUAUCAAUUAUUCAAUGCGCCUACCGCAUUGUUCUUGGCCAUACAUUACAAUUGGCCAAUAGAGACCAUUGAGUUAUUAUUAAAAAAAGGAGCAGACGCCCGGAUAUGGGAUGAGGAAAAGAAUAUGAAUAUACUAUGUCUGGCGACACAGAAAAAAAAACCGAAACUGAUUAAAUGGUUAUUAAAACACGUAUAUUGUUUGUCGGAACCUCAGAGCAUAAAGAUAGAGAGGCGAUACGGUUCGUUAUUGACCAAAGAAUCAAUGAUACUAUUGACGUGGCAGGUAGAUAUUGGUGGGUUAAAGCGAAAAUCGGCGAAAUUUAAUAAUCUAGAAAAUUACCCUCCAACAAAAAAAAAUGUUACUUAA